UUCACAGAUGAGUUGAGCGCUUGUCUCGACUUCAUUCCGGACUCUUUGGCGACGUACCCGCAUGGAGGGCCGGGGUUCAAGUGAACAUAUCUAGUUUUCUUCUCUCUACCACAUACUAAUCCUUAUACCACAAACGCGCCGCGAAGUCGGCGUUCAGACAGCACCACCCUAUACCAGCUAAACAAACGUGCGCGUCCGGUGCUCAGGCUGCCGUUCCUGCUCCAUUUGAGCUGAUCUGCCUCCCCGUCGGUCACCAGAAUAUAGAUCAUUCGUGUAAUAUCUGUUGUAUCUCCCUUUUCAUUCUCAGGAUGCCUUUAAAUAGCCUGCGAAGGACUUUAUCCAACGCUUCAUUCCGUGGUGGAGAAAGGGAGGAACAGCCUUCUGGACCGCUCAGUCCUCCAUCCGACACGACCUGGCGUCGUCAACGCCUACUUCACAUUGGAGAGGAAGACUCAUCCAUGAAUGAGACUGCUACCUUGCGUCCGAGCGUUACUCAAAAUACAUCAUAUGGAACACUACCCAGUUUUCCUCCCACAAAGAAGACGAGUUCCAGUCUCAGCGUUCGUCGUGGCUUGAUAUCGCUGCCUGGUCUCUCUAUACCCCUUUUCUCAGCAUCGACGACACAUUCGCCAGUCUCAACCCCUCCUCAUACGGCCCGCGGUGAACCCUCCCACUUUCGAUCACGGCCUAUCUCUGCUUACGACCAGCCAAUAGGAGCAACUCAACCUGAACCCCCAGAAGCUGAAGUGGAUGUCCAGACGAAUGGUAUCCGCGUCUGGUAUUCGUCCUUCACCUCCAUCGAUUGGCUCCACGACGCCAUCAAGGAUUCUGCACGUCGUGCGCGGCUUAGAAGGAGACGUUCUCGACGUGGGCGCUUCCUCAGGCAACUAGAUCGAAGUAUUGGCUGGGUUAUCGUCAUCAUCGUUGGCUUCCUGACGGCUGUCAUAGCCUUUUUGAUUGCGCGUGGCGAGCAAUGGCUCUUUGACCUCAAGGACGGCUACUGCGGUUCUGCUUGGUAUAAGGCCAAGCGAUUUUGUUGUCCUCAGUACGACGAACAGGACUAUAUUUUGGCGGCUUUCACGUCUUUAUCUUUGCAUGAGAGCGAAACCUGUGCCUCCUGGCGAUCUUGGGCCCAGGUUUUCAGCCCUGUCGCAGACGCAAGUGACUGGAUCUACUUUGAGGCUGAGGCCUUUGAGUAUAUUGUAUAUGCUGUCCUAGCUCUCGUCAUGGCAAUUACCUCCUCACUACUUACGAUCUAUCUAACUGCAUCAACCUCUUUCAUUACACGCAAGGAUUCUGGUGUGCUCUCCGAGACAUUCGCGGAGGAUGACGACAAUGGCAAGGUCGAUCCUCCCGUCCCAGGAUCCGAACAAAAACGCAGGGUCCUAUACUAUGCUGCCGGAAGUGGCAUACCUGAGAUCAAAACUAUACUUUCUGGUUUCGUUAUUCAUGGGUACCUUGGAGGAAGGACACUGUUCACUAAAGCUGUUGGUCUAACACUAUCUGUCGCAGCUGGUCUGUCACUUGGCAAGGAAGGGCCUUUUGUUCACAUUGCUUCUUGUGUCGGCAAUAUUGUCAGCAGGUUCUUCAGCAAGUACGAGAACAAUGAAGGCAAACGCAGAGAGGUACUCAGCGCAGCGAGUGCAGCGGGCGUCGCUGUCGCUUUUGGCGCCCCGAUUGGCGGUGUCUUGUUCAGCUUGGAGGAGGUCUCGUAUUUCUUUCCUGCUAAGGUCAUGUGGCGGAGUUUCUUCUGCGCUAUGGUUGCCGCCAUGACGUUGAAGUUCCUUGACCCAUUUGGGAGCGGCAAGCUCGUGUUGUUCCAGGUGACAUAUGACAAGGACUGGCAUGCAUACGAGUUGAUCUUCUUCCUCUUUCUUGGUGUCUUCGGGGGCCUAUGGGGUGCUUAUUUCUCCAAGCUGAACUAUCGCUGGAGCCGUGACGUUCGGAAUAAAACCUGGCUCAAAGCUCAUCCUCUUCUCGAAGUUUGUCUGGUAACAUCUGUUACGACUCUUCUCUGUUUCCUCAACCCAUAUACCCGCAUGGGAGGCACUGAGUUGGUAUACAAUCUCUUCGCCGAAUGCCGGACAGGAAGCACGAAUACCCACUCAGGUCUUUGCGUAGUCAACCCCUCCACGCAAGCCUGGCCUGUCAUUCGCGCGAUCUUCACCGCUCUGGUCGUGAAGAGCGUGCUUACUUUGAUAACAUUCGGUAUCAAAGUCCCUGCUGGAAUCUUCAUCCCAACCCUAGGAGCUGGAGCUUGUGCUGGUCGUAUUGUCGGUAUUCUGAUUCAGUGGAUGCAACACUCGUACCCCAAUAGCCCUAUUUUUGCCUCGUGCCGCGGUGACCUUGACUGUGUCAUUCCAGGGUUGUACGCAAUGGUCGGCGCUGCUUCUACGCUUUCUGGCGUCACUAGAACUACUGUUUCGCUUGCUGUGAUCAUGUUCGAACUCACUGACACUCUUACUUACGCCGUGCCUGUCAUGCUUUCCGUUCUGGUUGCUAAAACUGUGGCUGACGCCGUGGAGCCAAAGGGUAUAUACGACUUAGUUAUCGACCUUUCCCAGCUUCCCUACCUCAAUCCUAAGCGAGACUAUAUAUGGGGUUCAUAUCAGAUCAACGAUGUGACCGAGCGCGAUGUGGAUGUUAUCCGUGUUGAUGAGUCCAAUACUGUGAAGAGCCUACGAGACAAGCUUCAGUCAUUGCUCAACUCUGGCAACGAUGAUAGCGGAUUCCCCAUUCUGCGCCCAGACGACAGGGAAUCUCGAUUGGUUGGAUAUAUUGGUGCUAGCGAGUUGGAACAUGCCCUCACUAUCGUGGCUGAAGACGCAAAUCAGACCAUCUCAUUCCACCCGACGGCUCCUUACGGUCACAGUCAAAUGACUUCUUCAAUAUCUUCCCUUGAGGCUGGCUCACAUAUACACCACAACGAUCCCUCGGACUUCAGCUGUUAUAUGGACCAGGCACCUCUGACUGUACAGUCAAAUUCUCCCCUGGAACUCGUUCAACAGCUGUUCGCCAAACUAGGUGCGAGAUAUGUCGUCGUAACGGAUACGGAUGGGUAUUACGAGGGUGUGAUCGACAAGAAGACUUGGUUGACCUUCUUAGACCAACUUGAGUCAAAACGAUGAUCUCUUUCUCUCCCAAACAAGCAUGCAUUCAAUUUGUACGCAAUUACCUAAAAUUCAACGGACACGGCCCAUCUACUCUACCUGCUGGCAUAGCGAUCCAAAGUAUUAGUUUGCUUCUCUUCAUAAAUGCAAAACAUUUGGGUAAGUGCAAUCCCCUGUCGGCGAUAACCUUCAGGCAAAGCCGUAUAAUGGUAACGGUUCGCCUCCUACUGAAGAUCAGAAGGAUGUGUGACUGACAGAAUUACAUUCCAUUGAUACAACUUCUUUCAACGAGUGACGUACAACAACUCACUACUAUUCGUAUCAUACAGUUCAUUACCAUUGUUAACAUUAGGAGAUUUAUCGCUCUUUUAGCGAAAUUAAGGAUUCAGGUUAGAAAGUCGUAGAAAACGGUUGGGGCUGGAGGGUUUAUAGAUGAAAAGGGCAUGGAUGAAGAUGAUGAAUCGAGAUGCAUAUAGUAAAUUCCAAGUCGCAUG